GUCGAUCCGCGCAUGACGGUUCUGUCCGUCGACGCUGCUGGCGCAUACGACCACGUUUCCCGCGGAGCUAUGCUGAGGGCGCUGCAUGCCCGACCUGACCAUUCCGACCUUCAAGCCCUUCUGCCGUAUGCCAGGUGGUCCUAUGCCACGGCUAGCUCCUACACGUGUGCGAUUGCCCGGGGUGAGUGCCAUGCCAUCGUGCAAGCUGAGGGAGGGGAACAGGGGGAUCCCUUAUUGCCCGGGCUUUAUUCCCUCGCUGCCCAUCCCGCACUCCACGACGUGCAGGCAUGCCUCCGCGAAAGGGAGGCUGUGUUCGCGUACCUCGAUGAUACCUACUUUGUGGCGGCCCCUAAGCGUAUCCGGGAACUUUAUGCCAUCGUUGAGGACGCACUUUGGCGGCACGCGCGGGUCCGCCUCAACGCGGCCAAAACGCAGAUCUGGAAUGCUGUCGGCGACGAGCCCGCUGACAUCCGUGGCCUGCAGGCGGACGGCGGCGACCCUGUUUGGCGAUUGGGUUUUGCCACACGCGCCAUGGCUGCGAACGACGACCGCGUGACGCUUGAGUCCUUUGAUGGAACUGACGUUGCUGCGUACAGGAAGUGGAAAGGCGUGCACAAUUGUGAAGCUGAGCUGGUCUGUGAGUCGAUCCCUGUAGAUAAGCUUUGCAAGGAGGACGGAGACCAGCUGGUUUUUGCGCUUCCCGACGAGAAGUUUGGACCUCAACCAACAGAUCUACUGCAUGCGGCUUUGAAAGAGUUCUUUUAUGAACUUUAUGUCAAGAACGGCGAGACGUAUCAGAACUUCCAGGCCAGGUUCUUUCACGCCAACCAGAAGCUGGAGGAACAGGAGGUCAAGCUCCUGGCAAAGGUGCUCGGCUUCAUGAUGGUCAAAAAGCUGCGACUCGACCCUACUCAGGAGUCCCUGUUGCUAACAGCGACAAAGGGUUCCAUGGACUAUAAGGACGUGGUGGCUGCUGUUAAAUUUGUGUUCCCCGAAGGCAAGGGAGCCAGUGGCAAGCAGUCCAAGGAGGUGUUCUUCACGGCCACCGCCGACGAGAGUCCAGAUGAUGAGAACGAGGACUUCCAAGAUGCCAUGGCAGCGGUAGAAGACAUGCAGGCCCAGGACCUCGACGAGGAAGACAUCCUUGAUGCUUACGAAUCUUAUGUGGAGAUUCGUAGACGAAUGGCCGAGAAGAAGAAGGCACGUGGCUUUACAAGUUCCUCUUCAGAAGCGCCGAAGUGGCGGCUCACGGGUACCGUGAACGGCCGCAUCGAACAGCUGAAAGCCAAGACCAGAUGCCACCUAUGUCACAAGGUGGGACAUUGGCGCAAAGAAUGCCCGCUUCGAGGCAAGAACGCUGGAGCAGGCAAGGGGAGCAGAGCCGCGGCCUCGAGUUCAUCGGCAAGAGCUUCUGAAGCCAACCUUGUGGAGGAGACGAGCGACGUCUUCAUCACGGAGGAAGGCGAGGCGAAGGACUUGCUGAAGCACAGCCACUCCACUGGAAAUCGCCAGCGCUUGGCUUGUGAGAAUGGUGUCUUCGAGCGGUGGCGCCAUGGCCGAAGCAUACGAGACGACGGAGAGUCCCCAGUGGUCAUCGCAAGCAGCCCGCUUGCUUUUCAAGGUGCUCUUCAAGAAGUACUGAGCGCAGAUGCCCAAGAAGGCCAGGUUGAGUUCCAGGAGGGCAAGAUGGUAGCGUCGGAUUGCUUGGAGUCAGUGCUGCAGAGCUGUGUUGUGUCGGGUGCGACCGCCGAGGAGAUUGUGGGGGGCACGAAGGCUUUGGACACCGCGCCGGACUCAGAGGCCGACGAGGUGACCGAGAUCAACGGCAAGACGAUGACGACAAGCUACGUGGGCUGGCUUCGAGGGCACGGAGCCAAGAGCGACCUCACCGACCCGCUCAUGCAGCUCAAGGCGUACAUAGCCCACCGCGAUUGCAACAAGUUCAACAGGCUGGCGGCGGUCAUGAUCUCGGAGAAGGCGACGCCGAAGGCAGUCACCUUUGGGAGGAUGAGCAGUCCGCCGAAGCGCCGCAUCGAGAAGCAACCAGAUCGUCUGAUCGGCGACCCAAUGCAGACCGAGGUCGACGAGACUCUUUGGAUCAGAGUGGGAGAGAAUCCCAGACUGGUUCGCAAGUGGGAGGACAUAGUCGAGCAGAAGAUGGUGAAGCACACCGAGCAGAAGCGCGUCAUGGUCAAUCGGGUCCAUCGGGAUCAGAUGAGGGUCCAGAUGUUGGUGGAAGCAGUGAUGAGGUGA